GCGGAUAAAGCAGACCUGACAGGAUGACGAGUACCGCUACGAAGAGCAGCUACCCGGAUCAGGCCCGGAAAACGCUCUGCAGGAACCCAUUUCUCAGUAUCAAGUUCUUCGUUUUCUGCCAUGGCCUCCUGCAGCUCUCCCAGCUCCUGGUUUCUGGCUACCUGAAGAGCUCCAUCUCAACCAUCGAGAGACGAUACGGCCUUUCCAGCCAGACGUCAGGGCUGCUCGCUUCCUUCAAUGAGGUUGGGAACACGUUGCUGAUCGUCUUCAUAAGUUACUUCGGGAGCCGAGUGCACAGGCCCCGUUUCAUCGGUUGUGGUGCCAUCCUCGUCUCCUUGGCCGGGUUCCUCAUGUCUCUCCCUCACUUCAUAACCGGACCCUACGAGUAUGACCAGUCCGUUGCCAGCAUGUUCAGCAACACCACUGACCUGUGCCAGCCUGGGGUGCCGGGGUCCCGCGGGAACCUCAGCGAUGCUGGCUGCACCCCCCAUGCUGCCAGGGAGAACCACGAGGUUCUCCUCGUCAUGUUCAUCGCCCAGGCAUUGCUGGGCAUCGGAGGCGUCCCCAUCCAGCCCUUCGGGAUCUCCUACAUUGACGACUUCGCCAGUGAGAGGAACUCCCCCCUCUAUCUGGGAAUCUUGUUCUCCGUGACCGUCAUCGGGCCGGGAGUGGCCUUCAUGCUGGGCUCUGCCAUGCUGCGUUUUUACGUUGACAUUGACAAAGUCGCCGGAGACGAAGUCCAGCUCACGAACAAAGACCCGCGGUGGGUCGGCGCCUGGUGGCUUGGUUUCCUGGUCGCAGCCAGUCUCGUGGCCCUGUCUGCGGUGCCUUAUUUCUUCUUCCCACGGGAAAUGCCGAAAGAGGUGGCGAGUGGGAAGGAGAAGAGCAGCAAGAAGAGUGAAGAUGUGCUCAGCCAGCUCAGGUCAACAUCUGACCACGUGCAAAACCUCUCUCUAACCCAGUUCAUCAAACAUUUUCCUCUGGUCCUGUUGAGGAACUUGCGUCAUCCCGUCUACCUGCUGGUGGUGUUGGCUCAGGUCAAUCUCUCUGCCAUGGUUGCUGGUUUAGCAACGUUCAUGGGGAAGUUCCUGGAGAGGCAAUUCUCCCUUACAGCAUCCUUGGCCAACAUGAUCAUCGGUGCUGUGAACAUCCCUGGGGCGAUGGUUGGGAUUGUGGUGGGUGGUGCCAUCCUGAAGAGGUUCCAGAUGUCUUUGAGGCAAUGCAGCGCCAUGUGUGUCCUCGGCAUGUUCCUCUGCCUGCUCGUGGCUUUCCCCCUCCUCUUCCUUGGAUGCCCCACGCAGAAGGUCGCGGGCGUUACCUACAGCGAGAGCUCUGAAUUUGGACACCACGCCUUGGAGUGUAACCUCCAGUGUGACUGCCCCGAGAAAGCCUAUAACCCCAUCUGCGGCUCUAACGCCAUUGAAUACAUCUCACCCUGUUCUGCCGGCUGCAGAGUUGUACAUAUCGAUGCAGACAACAACUCCGUCCUGAACUACACCAACUGCAGCUGCAUCUCUGAAAACGGGUUUGCCAAGCCCGGGACCUGUGGCACCAGCUGCUCCCACCUCUUCCUGCCCUUUGUGGUCCUGUCCUGCCUGGCGGGGAUCCUCGCCAGCACAUCACACACGCCGUCCUUCAUGCUAAUCCUCCGGAGCAUCCAGCCUGAAGACAAAUCGUUUGCGGUUGGGAUACAGUUCAUGCUGCUGAGGGUUUUAGCAUGGAUGCCGGGGCCUGUUCUGUACGGCAGCGCCAUCGACACGACCUGCAUCCUCUGGGAGAAGAAGUGCGACAGGAAGGCAGCCUGCAGAUACUACGACAACAACCUCUUCAGGCAAAGGUAUCUCGGUCUCCAGUUUUUCUUUGAGGUGGGCACUUUCCUGUGCUUCGUGACCGUGUAUGUCAUUCUCAGACGGCAGGAGAGGGAAGCCCGCAAUGCAGCAGAGACAAAGGCAGACCCAGAGAAGGAGAAACUGGCUGGGAACUCCAUAAAGACCCCAGAAUCCAAAGUGUGACACCAAAAAUGUGAAUUGCGAUCCCUGUUGGGGGAGGUGAAGCCAUGUGAAUCACCCCACACUUGAACUGUGAAGGACGGAUGCUUGGAGCGAUGGACGACGGGGCUGCUUCC